AUGCUCGAUAAAGUUGCAAUUCUCAGCUUUAACUUGGGAGAGCGACGCAAUAGCAUUACUAUAAGAGAUGUGCAACUGUGGAAGGACGUGGCAGACCGAGCAACGCGUGGAGCGCCAAAGAAGAUGAAGGGCAAGUUCAUGCAGUACGUGGAUUUGGCCAAGCUUCCCAUAUGGGUGAAAGAUGAAAGUGAGAUGCUUUGUUACAGUACGAGCUCUACUACGGUGGGGUAUUUUACUUCGAAGCUGAAGGACGAGAAUAGAGGUAUUGUUGUUAAUAUUGCUAAAAAUGGCAAUGAAGACCCAUCACUCGAGUUUGCAGUGAUUUAUAGAGAUGUUGAUACCAUCAAAUGCUUUGCAUUGGAUACAAGGAGGAAAAUGAUGAUUGAUGCACGCAUCUCGAAUAUUGUCAAGCAGCAAAAUACGGUUAACUUUGAUGACAUUAUUGAACAGUCCCAUAGAAGGAAAAUUGAAGCAAGCAAUAAAGUGCAGAAGAGCGUACAGAUCAAUGACAAAAGAUUACAAUUCAACGAAACGCUAUCUAGAUUGAUUCUAGGUGGGUUGAGACUUCGAGGAAUACCAAAUACUCAAAUAGGGUUUCAGAAAUUGUUCAAAAUGACAUUUCAAGCGGCUGAAUUUGCCCAUAGAGAAGAACUAAAGACGAUCGCAUUGUCUCCCGGUGCUUCACCCCCAUCGGAGGAUAACAACUUGCUUUUUGAAAGGCUACAAGAGACGGUAGAGACACUAUUAACUCUUUUCACAAGGUCAUGA